UGCAAGGAGAUUCGAAGAGCUACUGACCUUGAGCUUGUCGUAGGUUGUGUCCAGCUCCAGACGAUGCACGAACGGAUUCAGGAUGUCAGCGCCAAGGGAUGCGGUAUCCACGUCCUCGUGCUUGCUCCGCAUCUUUCCGUUCGCUUCAUCCAUGUUUCCCUCGAUCGGAGAAAGAGAAAGAAAGGUAGACAGCGAGAGGGGUCAGACAAAAAUCCUAAUACAGAGACGCGGCUUCGGCUCGGCGUGUCACACACUGCGAGCCGCGAAACGUCGAUACGUGUCGACAGGUGCGAACUUUUCGACGUUACGUUAGAUAUUCUUGGCACUGUUUUAAUAUGUAGACGAAACCGAGGUGGACAGGGGAGAAAACGAAGAGAAAGGGAAAGGGGACGUUUCGGUUAGCCGCGGCGAGACAUCAUCGCACACGAAGGGGUUGUCAGUCAACGGUAUACUGUGCUCUCGCGGUCUGUUCGACCGAACGAACCGGCCAAACGUUCUCCGAACGUUACCGAACCCUACCGAACGCGCAAGGGAUACUGUCGGCUGCGUGCGCAUCACACCAUCUCGUCGAGUUCGUUCGGCUGAUCCCGCCGGACUCCCCCCGUGACGCCGACCUGACACGAGGGAAUCCCAGGGAUGUGUACACUCGCGCGGGUGCCCUUACCUUCCUAUUCAUACUAAACCUACAACUAACGAUCAGGGCCAGCGUGACCUUUUGCGGGGCCUGGAUUCACAUUCAAAUACUACACUUCAAUUUUACAACGAGGAAUUAUUUAUUUACAAAUGCUGUUACAUAUUAUAUAUUUUUUACAAUAUGAAUAUUAAAUAAUAAUACUUUGAUGAUUUUUGUCACUCCUUUCAAUUUAAUCAGCGCUACUAAAGAAAUGUCUUGUAUUUGUUAAUGGUGUCAUCAAUCUGUAAAAAGUUAAUUAAAAUCGGUGCCUUUUAAUUCAGUAAUUUUCGUAGACCGUGGGACCUUUUAAAACGCGGGGCCGGGUUCCGGCGAACGCGCUGAACCUGCCUUGCGCCGGCCCUGCUAACGAUCAAAUGAUCGUUUUUAAAUUUUUAUAUAUAGUUCCUACGUGGAAUAUAUGAAUUAUAUAUAUAAUUGUUUCGUGAAUUAUUUAAUUGAGUUCACGUAAAAUAUAUUUAAAAUAUUUUUUUAUUAUAAUCUAAUAUCUAAUAUCUUUCCUUUUAAUACUAAAUCUACAACUAACGAUCAAACGAUCGUUUGCAAAUUUUUAUAUACAGUUCUGACAUGCAAUGUAUGAAUUAUAUAUAUAUAUAUAAUUGUUUCGCGAAUUAUUUAAUUGAGUUCCACGUAAAAUAUAUUUAAAAUAUUUUUACGUGGAAGUCAUAUACUAUAACAAGUGUAACACAAGGCUGUGAAUUUUAACAUGCAAGAGUAAAUGCACUAAAAGGUGCAAUAAUCGAUGUAAGACAGAUUAUGUACCCUUAUAAAAUAAAUAAAUCAUAUCAAGUUCCUCUGUCUCUUUUACUUUGAAAAUAUUAAUUCAUUAUCGCACAAUACGUAAAUGUAUAUUCCUUUUACCGUGAACGAGUGAUAGAACGGAAACUUGAAUAAACAGAGGGCUCGUACUUCAAAUUGGAUACAAAUUCAAAAUUCCAUACAAGUGAUCGAUAUCUAAUUUGGUACAGUUGAACGAUUCGUAAUGGCCAUUCCGAGGAUCCUAUUGAACCAGUUCCGAGUAAUUAUGGCGAAAAAACUAUCGGAUAUUGACACAUAAUUGCUUCAUUUCCGACACACGAAUUGCUCUGUUGAAAUGUUCCAAGAGCAUGAUAUGGCAGUUCACUGAAACUGUUUCAUUUCAACGAGUACAAACAUGUAUUUUUACUUUGUAGUACAAUUUAAUUAAAAUACAUUUUCUAAAUUGAAUUUUACUUGUGUACAUACACUCGUAUCCAUCGUAACCGUCGAAGGAUGUUUGUCAAUAAACAAAGUUUCAAGACCAUGAGUCAUGUUAUCAUUUUGUUUGUGGGACACACUAAACUAGGAACAUUUUAAACUUAGGUUCAAGAUCGAAGGAUUCAAGGCGUCGACGGUUUAAAAAUUAACGUUCUUUCUAUAGGACGUGGAUGACAUACUUGUGUAAUCGAAGAAAUUUCAUUGUGGGUCAAGGUAGAACGAUAAAACGAUAAAUAUUAAACGUUCAUAUUCAAUUUUUAAAUAAAUGUUCACGAAUGUGAUAAAUCGAAUUGUAUUUCGUAUUUCAUAAUUUGCUUUUGUAAGCUUCAUAUUCAAGUAAAUGAAUGAAUUUACAAGCUUUACAAGCUUACAAACCUCGCAAAUGAGAUCACAUCUGGAUAAUAGUAACAAAAUUCGAUGACCUGAAUUUUUAAUACAAAUAACCGACAUAAAAUUUCUUUGACGAAUGAUAGAUUUGAUAGAAUGUGAAAUAACUUGCUGCUUCGUUAGACUGAGGUAGAAUGGUAAGUAUCGAUCUUUAUUAAUUUGUGGAAUAGUCAUAAAAAUUAUACAUAAAAUAAUAAAUAGACAGCCAAUUAUUUCUUGUAUAUAGUCAAACAUUUUAUUAUUUGCUAUCAUUUUAAUUAGAACUCAUUAAUAGGAAACGUCACAAUACGUUUACAGUACAGCUUUCUUCUAUUGAUGGCAUUUGGAACCGAAUAUUUGAUAAAUUAUUUCUAAAUCCUAUAACGAAUAGAUAAGCUAAUGUAAUUAUUUAAAAUUCUACCACGAAUUACUACGCAAUUGUUUAAGUAUUUCAAAUGAAUUCAGUGAACAAUGUUAACGUGGAAUAGAAGUUAUAUUUAUUCGUAUAGAUCACUUCCGUUAGAUUCAUAAUAUUUACGUCAACUAGCGCACUCUAGUUCCCGUAGCGAAGAACGCGUUGCACAAGAUUUGUUCAAGAAUAACCUAUAAGAGAUAUGGCAACGGAACUACACAAAUGUUUGAUUAAUUAUUUCUCACAGUUGAGAAAAGUCGAUUCCAAGUGGAAAGAAUUAUCCGAAGAAGCCAGGCGUCCCCUGGAAGCCUUGAGGAAUCAAUCAGAACAACUCCGACUAGUCACAAGCAAAGAGGUGAACGAUGCAGAUUUCUGCAAGAGAACGGAGCUGUACGAAAGAUUAAUGUAUAAAAUCAUGAUGGGGAUCGACAACGAAAUUGUACUCAUGUCGGAUAUCUCGACGCGUUUCAAUAAUGUCACUCAAGAUCUAAACAACCGUUUGAAAAAUGUGGAAGAUGCUCGAAGUAAGGUUUCUAUAAACGACGAUACAAUGAAAGAACUAGUCGAUGGUACUACUGAGAGACCGAAACUGAAUUUGCUGUUGGAGUGGACUAUCGAUUCUUUUAAUUAUUAUAAUGAACUAUAUCUCGAAUUAAAGAGAAAUUUGAAACAAUUUGAUUAUAAAUGCGAGGAAACGAUAGAAAAUCUAACCAAGUCUUUUGUUGAGGACAGAUACAAGAGAGCACGGAUCGAUCGAAUAUUCGCCUUCACGCAGUUCUUAGUCAAGGAGACUGCUCGUUGAGAAAUUUUACGUGUUAAUUCUGAAUAAUGUAAACUUUUUGCGAGAGAAAUUGAAAGGACUGUCUACGAAAAUAUAUUAAAUGAAAAUCAUUAUAA